AUGGCUGAAUUGGAACAACAUAUCAAACUACAACAACAACAGCAAAAACGUCAUCAUCAUCAACAACAACAACGAAUGAUUAGACUGCACAGAGGAAACAUACUCCUUAGGUUUCAGUUAGACCAUCCGGAAGUUUAUAGUUACGUGCCAAAAGAUAACAAAAACAGUAAAGAUAAUUCAAGCAGGGAGACGCUACUGAAUACAACAAACAUCGAUUUGAAUUACUCCAUAGAACUGAAACAAAAACAACAACAUCUACAACAACAAAGACAACAAAUACAAGCCAGUCGCAAAAGCAACAACAACAACGAUGACGUCAUAGUUGAUGACGAGUGCCUGGCUUCAUGUUUUCCAAAUUGCCAGAAGCCAACCUACCAGGCGGGCCAGUGUAUAACCGGUUGUGUUGUCAUUAGGCCAGUGUAUCGGAUGAAAAUUUCCGGAGUGUACGUCAAAAUAUGGGGUCACGUGGGCACGAAAUGGAGAGAUGAUGAUGAUGAUGGCGGGGGUAGAAUUAUCAGCGCAAGUAAUUGGUUCUACCAGCAAAAUGUUUCUAUUGUUAGGAAUCGGAUUACAACAAUGAUAAUAACGACACACGUGUGGCUAAAAUUGAGAAAUAUCGGUUACGAUUCUAUCGAAUAUCGGUUUACGAUAAUAUCGAGUAUGUCAAUCGAUUCGCCAUUUACCGAGCGACCGUUUAAUGUAUCGACUCGUACGGGAAAACGAGAAAUAAAUAGCCAACUCAGAAGCGAGUUACUAAAUUAUUUAAAACGAGAGAAAGUCUGUCCGUGUUUGGUGACGCGCCCGGACGGAUGCACACUAAUACCUUGGAGAGCCGGCAGAUGUUUGGCGUGGGAUGUUACGGUCCCUGGCACCCUCGCUGAACGAUACGUAAACCUGACAAAAAAAGAAUGCCGUUUGGCCGCGGCCAGGGCAGCGGACGAGAAAAUGAAAAAAUAUGGGAGCGCCCUCUCCUCGAUGGAAUUCUUGCCAAUAUGUAUCGAGGUUCUCGGCCCGAUGGACCCAAACACCCUUAAAUUUCUUAAGGCAAUAUGCAAAAUGAUCAGCGUCAGAUCAGGCGACAGCAGGGAACUGUUUUUCGCAACUAACCACAUUUCGUGCUUGUUGCAGCGGUUCCUGCGUGUCUGUGUGCUUGAAAAUAUCCAACUGAAUGCCGACAUGUGCAAUUAA